AGAACUGAAAACAAAAGAACGGAAGCAUUAAAAACAUAACACCGCGAGAAUUCUACAGCUGAACACAAGUUCCGCCUUCAUUUUGUAUUUAAUUAAAUCAAUUCAAAAACCAAUCGCAACGGAACAAUGACUUUCACAAAAAGUGUAGACCAGACCACGAUCCUGCAGGGCGAUCGCUCCAAACUAAAGGACCUGCUCCGGGUUCGGCUGAACGCGUGCGGCUGGAACGACCAGGUCCGGCUGCUGUGCCGGGAAACCAUCAAGGAGCAGGACACGGUCAACUGUGACGCGCUGGUGCAGCAAGUGACGCCCAAGGCGCGCGCCCUCAUCCCGGACACGGUCAAGAAGGAGCUGCUACAAAAGAUUAAGGCGAUUCUCAUUCAGCAGGAGGGCAUUGAUAUCUGAUGGCUGGGGGUGUGAUAAACAAUUUUGCUUUUGGAAAGAAAUUUCCUGUCUUUCUUUCAGCAGAAAAAAUAAACCACUUUUGUUGUGAUAUUCAAAGAGAGAAUUUAUUCGGGAUCAAAACUGUAGAUCGAAGGACGAUGCAUGGUUUAUACAAUAAUUGAAUACAACAGCUAAAAUACCA